AUGGCCUUUGGAUCGCUUCAACAUCAAUUGCGACGCCUUUCUCGUGAACCCGAUUUAGCUCGCGCGUACACUGAUUUCAUGGACAUUUAUUUGAAGCUGGGUCAUAUGGAACCUGUACCGCGUGCAGAAAUCCGAAAUCCGCGAGCUUGGUAUCUCCCGCAUCACGCCGUCGUCAGUGGUACAGCAGAAAAGCCGAAAAUACGUGUUGUUUUUGACGCUUCGCGUCGCACUCGUGACAAGCACUGCUUAAACGAGUUUUUAAUGCCAGGUCCCGCCUUGCAAAGCGAACUGCCGUUGAUCUUGCUGAAUUGGCGUCGGUACAAGUAUGCGUUUACCGCUGACAUUGUGAAAAUGUUCAGACAAAUUCAAGUUGCUCCUGAAGAUCAGGAUCUCCAACGCAUUUUAUGGUCUCCCCAACUAGGAAAGCCUGCUGUUGACUAUCGACUUAGGACUGUCACUUACGGUACAGCUUGCGCGCCAUAUCUCGCAAUGCGUACCCUAUCUCAACUAGCCUCGAAUGAAAGGACGCGUUUUCCCCUUGGGGCUGCUUGUCUUGAGUUGGAUACGUAUGUCGACGAUACGUUUGCUGGCGCUGACGAUCUGGCAAUGGCUAUACGCAAACGAGAUGAAUUGACUGAUAUUCUAGCAUCAGCCGGUAUCAAUUUAGACAAAUGGGCCGCGAAUCACCCAAAGCUAUUGCCCGCGCACCUUCAGCCAAACCAUAACGUCGCGAUCAAAGAACUCGACCGCGAUAACGCCGUAAAAACCCUCGGUGUACACUGGAGUCCAACGUGCGAUGAGUUCCGUUUUAGCGCGUCGGCCUCAAACACACGUGAAAAAACCCUCACUAAACGGUCGGUUUAUUCUGACAUCGCACGACUUUUCGAUCCCCUAGGCUGGUUAGCGCCUGUUACGGUAACCGCUAAGGUUAUUAUGCAGGAUUUGUGGAUCGAAAGGUGCGAGUGGGAUGAGCCUUUGACUGAAGAAGUGCGCUGUCGCUGGCAGAGUUAUUGUCAAUCGCUCUCAACGCUACACACUCUCACGAUUAAUCGGUGGCUCGGUUUGUCACGACAGAAAACGUUUGAGAUUCAUGGGUUUUCAGACGCCUCCUCUCGUGCGUAUGCUGCCGUGACUUAUUUGCGCAUUGAUAAUGGCAACGGAAAUUAUCAGGUUUCUCUUUUAAGCGCGAAAACUAAAGUUACGCCUGUUAAGACCGUCAGUAUCCCGAAUCUCGAACUGUGCGGAGCGACGCUUCUCGUCAAGCUCGUGGUACAUCUACAGAAAUUAGACUUUCUUCAAAAUGUACCAGUGCAGUUGUGGUCCGAUAGCCAAAUCGUACUCGCUUGGCUUAAAAAACACCCUUGUAGCUGGAAGACGUUUGUAGCCAACCGUGUCUCCUUCAUUCAAACUGAGUUGCCCUCCGCGACGUGGGCGUACGUCCCGACGAAACAAAACCCGGCUGACCUCGCCACGCGUGGAGCAUCGCCCGAUGAGUUGCGCUCGAACGAAUUAUGGUGGACUGGUCCGAAAUGGCUAAUGUCUCCAUCUGAUAAAUGGCCCCAGUCACCAAAACCAAUGCGCUCGAUGCAUUCGAUUAAGACCCUUGAUGAACCAUUGCUCUUAUCGAGGUACUCGAACCUCACCCGACUCGUGCGUAUAACAGCGUGGUGUUUACGCCCCUUCUUGCAGAAAAUACGUAAGCGAGCAACGCAAGGCUCUUACCCUGCAUAUCUUACGACGAGCGAUCUUGCUAACGCACGUGAUGCGCUCGUGAAACUAGCUCAAUCGAACGCUUUUUCAUCGGAGAUCGGUUUAUUGCAAGCGCGGAAAUCACUGCCGAAGCGUAAUCACCUUUGCAAGCUCCGACCGUUCGUAGAUAUCGACGGUAUUUUGCGAGUCGGAGGUCGUUUAGGUAAUGCGAAAUUACCCCAUCACCUUCACUUUCCCGCUAUACUGCCUCGUGACUCAACACUUAGCCGUUUAUUCAUCUCACAUGCACACGAGCGAGCGUAUCACGGUGGACCGACGCUAACUAUAAGUAUCUUGUUGCGAUUUGCGUGGAUUGUAAACAUGCGAGCGUUGGUGAAAUCAGCGAUUCACAAGUGCGUGAAGUGUCAACGACAUUCGCCCCGCUUGGCCCAUCAGCUUAUGGGCGACCUACCAGCUGAACGCGUGACGCCAGCUCGACCCUUCACCAACACCGGCUUGGAUUACGCUGGUCCAUUUCAGCUUCGAGCAUCGAAAGGCCGAGGACGAACAACGUACAAGGGAUAUAUCGCUCUCUUUGUCUGCUUCGCUACAAAGGCUUUACAUUUAGAAGUUGUCGGGGAUCUGACGACUGCCUCCUUCCUCGCGGCAUACCGCCGCUUCGUGAGCAGAAGAGGCAUCUGUAAGAAGCUGUUCAGCGACAAUGCUACGACGUUCCAUGGAGCUGACGCCGAACUUCGAGGGAUGUUCAAGGCUGCGUCCAGCUUUUAUACAGAAGCUUCACGCCUCAUGGCCAACGACGGCACCGAGUGGGUAUUCAUCCCUCCCACUACACCGCACUACGGUGGAUUGUGGGAAGCUGGCGUAAGAUCCACGAAACAUUUGCUGAAGAAGCUGGUCGGAGAACGUACACUUUCCUUUGAAGAGUUCUCCACUGUGCUGGCCGAGAUCGAAGCGUGCCUGAACUCGCGCCCGCUGUGCCAGAUGACAGCCGAUCCAGAGGACCUGCAGGCUCUAACACCUGCUCAUUUUCUGAUCGGCGCUGCCUCCGGAGUUAUCCCUGAUGAAGCUUCUCCAUCCGCUCCAGAGAAUAGACUCGACCGUUUCCAACUGCUACAACGAAUUCGUGACCAGUUCUGGAAACGUUGGUCAACCGAGUACGUGCUCUUGUUACAAGGGCGGAACAAAUGGCGAUGUCCGACUGCUAAUUUUGCCAUCGGUCAAUUGGUGCUCAUUAAGGACGACCGUUACCCACCGGCAAAGUGGCCUCUUGGACGUGUACUUGAGCUACAUGCUGGUGCAGAUGGCCUUGUUCGAGUUGUGACGCUGAAGACGGCGACCAACACUCUUCGCCGACACGUCGCUUGUCUGGCACCACUUAAUUUAUCUUAA